AUGUCAUCAUCCGCCCUCCGCACAUCUAUGAGAAUGGCCUCGCGGCCGCAGCAGCGCCUGGCCAGCAUUCAGAGGCAAUUCAGCGCCUCGUCACAACAGAAGAAGGAGGUCAGAGAUGCGUACAUCAUAAGCGCCAGUCGAACACCAACUGCAGUGUUCAAUGGCAACUUCACCACUGUCUCGGCCACCCGGCUCGGUGCCACGGCGAUCAAGUCCGCCCUCGAGAAGUCGAAAGUCCCAGUCUCUUCCAUCGAUGCCGUAUACAUGGGCAACGUGCUGUCAGCAGGCGUUGGACAGGCGCCAGCACGACAGGCCGCUAUCUUCGCCGGCCUGCCCACCAGCGUUGAGGCCACCACCAUCAACAAAGUGUGCGCUUCUGGACUGAAGGCUGUCAGCAUCGCCGCCUCGACCAUUGAAUUGGGACAGGCUGAAGCACAGGUUGCUGGUGGCAUGGAGAAUAUGACCCGCGUACCAUACUACCUCAACCGCGCCAGUCAGCAGCCCGCCUUUGGACAUCAAAAGGUGCAAGAUGGGCUGAUCGCCGACGGUCUCUGGGACGUCUACAACCAGAUCCACAUGGGUAACUGCGCAGAGAAGACGGCAAAAGACCACAGCAUCUCGCGCAAAGAGCAAGACGACUAUGCCAUCCUCACGUACAAGCGUGCCCAGCAAGCCUACAAGGACGGCCUCUUCAAGGACGAGAUCGUGCCUGUGACGAUCAAAUCGAAGAAGGGCGACAUUGUCAUCUCAGAGGAUGAGCAGUACAACAAGCUCAAGCUCGAGAAGGUUGCCACACUGAAGCCUGCUUUCUCAAAAGAAGCAGAUGCCUCGGUCACCGCGGCAAACAGCUCGCCCCUCAGCGACGGCGCAUCCGCCCUCGUCCUGGGAAGCAAGGAGAUCGCGCAGAAGUAUGGCAAGGGCAGCCGCGUGCUCGCCAAAAUCGUCACUUACUGCGAUGCCUCGGUCGACCCCAUCGAUUUCCCCAUCGCUCCUGCCUCCGUAGUCGAGAAGCUGCUGAAGCAGUCUGGUCUAAGCAAGGAUGACAUUUCGAUCUGGGAGUUCAACGAAGCCUUCGCUGCUGUUAUCAAGGCGAAUGCUAAGAUUCUCGGCCUGAAGGAGGACAACGUCAACCCUAGGGGUGGUGCUAUUGCGCUGGGUCACGCCCUGGGAAGUUCCGGAAGCAGGAUCUUGGUUACACUGCUGCAUCAGUUGGAGGUUGGGCAGUACGGUGCUGCAGCGAUCUGCAACGGCGGUGGCGCGUCGAGCGGUAUUAUCGUCCAGAGGGUCAGCCCCGAUCAGUUGUAG